ACAAAACCGAAUUGAAACACCAAAAACGAAGAAGAGAACCAGAGCCACACACAGCAAGUAGAAAAAAUAAGGAAAAACGUCGUCAAAAAGUGAUUUCGCUGUAAUUUUUCCAAUUCCCAAAACGAUUCGUGCGGUCUUCUUCGUGGUUGUUUUUUUUUCUCGAUUUAAAAAAAUAAUAUACAAUAUAAUCAGUUGUUACCAAUUAACAUCAAAACAAUUUUGCAUUUCAUCAGUUAAAUCCAAUUUGCAUUUAUAUAAAAAAAAAAAAACUCGAAUCCAACUGAAAAAAUUUUUAUCUGUCAAUCGGGGUUUUUUUUCUUCUUUGCUCUCUGCUCUGUGUGAAAUCGAGUUUUUUUUUUUCAUUUUUUUGCACAAUCAUUUUCGAGUGGAAAAAUCAUUAUAAUUUUGUGCAGUGUUGACCCAUUUGAGUGCAUACGCUUUAGACAAAUCGAAUUUCGAAUUUUUUUUGCAAGAAAUCGAAGUCAUUUGUGGAUUAAAUUAAAAGUUGCAAGGCGAGAUUAUUGAUUCCGCAUUAAGAUAUUAUCCACGCCAUUCACCAUCACGGGUAUAACAAAAAAAUCGUAUUCCCUUGGACUACAUAAUAACAAUAAACACCCGUAUUUGUUGUUGAGGCGUUAAACUUUUAAAAGAGCUAAGGAAUAUCUUUAGGUGCAAUAAUGGCUGAUUAUUUUGAUGAACUUGGACAUGAACCAACCGGACCAAAUGGACCCGAAGAUUUUGACAAACAUUUCAAGCGUCUUCAGGUGCUUGCUAUUAUGAAUGGCAUUGAUAUUGAUAUUGAAGUGCCAGAGGCGUCCAAGAAGGCCAUUGCAAUGUUGCCAGUUCAUGAACUGUCCGAGGAUGAUCCCGAUAUGGAAUGUGCCGUUUGUAAGCAACCAGGAGAAAAGGGAGAAAAGUAUAAGAUUCUUCCAUGCAAACAUGAAUUUCAUGAAGAAUGCAUUUUACUUUGGUUGAAGAAGGCAAAUUCAUGCCCCAUGUGUCGUUUUGAAUUGGAAACUGACGAUCCAGAUUACGAAGAACUUCGCAAGUUUCGCCAAAAGGAACCUGAAAGGCGAGAACGAUUGAAUGAUUUGAUGGAUUCUAUGUUUAGUUAAACAAAUUAAGUU